AUGCAUCCAACUGUGAGACUACUGGCUAGAUCGGCAUGGAAGGGCCCUAACAUUGUUCCUCUGCCCAUCAAGGAGGCCAUGAAUAAAGGUGUACCCAUCAGGACUAACGCCAGGGCUGCGACUAUUCUACCACAGUUUGUCGGUUUGAAGUUUGAGAUACAUAACGGUAAGGACUACGUGCCAAUAGAAAUAUCCGAGGACAUGAUCGGCAGGAAGCUAGGGGAGUUUGCACCCACGAGAAAGAGAUUCAGCUACACGCAAACCAAGAACAAAUAA